GUGGCCUCCAGAAGCGAGAAUCACUCUAAUAAACCUCGAAAAUGUCGAUGAUAUUCGCAUAAUAUUCCUGCAGGGACUCGUGCAGCUCCGCGGACACUUUACAUCUCUUUAUGUCACUUUGUUUUUCGUCUAUUUUUAUUUUUUAUUACUUAUUAUUUUAUCUUUUAUAGUGCCACCAGAGCUCCUAAAAAAUAUAUGUAUGAGUAACUGUUGAAAUAUAGAUCGUCACAUUAGUGCAAAACCUUAGUGUAUUAUUUUGAUUAAUUUUUAUUAUUUAUCAUCUCACGCAAGAAAAAAAGUGCAAAUUAGUAUGCAAAUCAUUCUCGCCUAUGUUACAUUUAAGUUAUGUGCUCGCAGGCAAUGCGAGGAUCGUCUGUUCUCCCAGAUUAAAAUAAUACAAUUAUAAAUUAUAAUUUUAACAUAUUUUAUAGGCAACAUUUUAAAUGAAUUCCAAAAUGAUUGACAUUAAAAUACAUUUGUUACCACCGUUUGUAAAUCAGGAAAAACAAAUAUUAAAAUGAAUGUGUCAAACUGUUUUAGUUUUCAUCAAUAAUUUGUUCAAGUCAUUCACUCGCAGCAUGAAGAGCGCGCAUAUGUUGUUGCUAAAUGAAAUAAAUUCAAAAAUCGCUGUAAAUCUAUUUUGCAUUAAAAAAAAAAAAAAACACACAUAUUUUAAAUUGAAUAACUGCAGGUUUGGCGAUCCUCCAACAGUUUGCGGUCAAUGAAGCGAACUAUGAACACGCGCAUUUCUGCCAAAAACAAAAAGUGUAAAUAGACAUUUUGGAGAGGGAAAAAAAAAGAAUCCUUACGUGAUUGCGGCUGCCGUGGACGUGCUUCAAGUUCCCCCCCGCGCACACACAUACACACACAAACUCGGUGUGGACAUAGUUGGUUUCACUGUGCAAAAGAGAAGGAUUGAGAAAGCGAGAAGAGCAGGAGGGGGCAACAAGAGAGUGUCGGGGGUGGGAUAGAGGAAAUACAAAAAUAUAUAUAUAAUAAUAAGUUGAAGCCAGAAGAUGCUCACGUUUGGCUCCCCUCAAUUAUCCCCUCCCGUGAAGAUAGGUGGCGUGCGUUUCAGGGGGCUUCUCCUCCGUGUGCACUGCAAAGAAAAGGAGGUGGAAAGAAAAAAAUGUCAUUAGAAGAGGCGGAACACGUCAGUCCCGACCCAGGUUUGUUUCCUGGAGUGGGUGUAAGACAUCAGUUGUAAACCUGCCCGAGCAGGACGCGCGCUCCCUCCCUCCUCCCAACCACUAGCAGGCUUUAUUUCUAAGGCUUUAUUAUCACCGCUGGACCGGAAUCCGCUCACCGCCGCGCUCCGGUGUCAUCGGACCAACACCAACGUUUGUCCCCGUCAGCAAGCAGACUCAGACGACAAGCUGAAUCCAAGCGUUCGGGUCCAUGCGAGCUGCAGUCUGAGCUCAAGCGCGCACUUCUAAAUGAAGCAGGAGAUGAUGGCGGAUGGGCCCCGGUGCAAGCGUCGAAAACAGGCUAACCCCAGACGGAAAAACGCAGCUCUCAACUACGAGAAUGUUGUGGAGACCAGUUCAGAGACAGAAGAGGAGGACAAGCUGCAGGUGUCUGAGGAAGACCCACUGAUCAACGGCACCGGUAGCCCGGCCAGCCUGGUCAACGCUGACUCCUCGCCGUGUGCCGAGAGCCAUGGGUUGCCCACCAAAGAUGAGGAGGACGAUGAGAUGAGGGACAGCGGGGUGGAGCACAUCUGGCCUGACAGUGACAUGCUGAGUGCCUCAGUGGAUGGUACCGAUGAAAUCAAAGAUUUUGACACCUUGGGCCCAGAUGCCACUUUGCAAAUAGCUGGAAAUGGUACAGUUAAGAGCAUCAAUUGCACUUCAGAGUUUGAGGACUUUUUUGCCAAGCGGAAGCUGGGUGACAGCGACAGCCACGUGGUGAGCAUCGCUGAGUAUCUACAGCGAGGCGAUACUGCCAUCAUCUACCCGGAAGCUCCGGAGGAGCUGUCCCGCCUUGGGACGCCAGAGGCAGCAGGACCAGAGGAAAGCGACCUGCCACCUGGAACGCCAGAUGCCUUUGCCCAACUGUUGACCUGCCCCUACUGCGACCGGGGCUACAAGCGCUUGACAUCACUGAAGGAGCACAUCAAGUACCGCCAUGAGAAGAAUGAGGAGAACUUCGCCUGCCCGCUGUGUAGCUACACGUUCGCCUACCGCACUCAGCUCGAGCGACAUAUGGCCACGCACAAGCCUGCGAGGGAUCAGCACCAACUGUUGAACCAAGCAGCCGGAAACCGCAAGUUCAAGUGCACUGAGUGCGGAAAGGCCUUCAAGUACAAGCACCACCUGAAGGAACACCUCCGCAUCCACAGUGGUGAGAAACCAUACGAAUGCCCCAACUGUAAGAAGCGCUUCUCUCACUCGGGAUCCUAUAGUUCGCACAUCAGCAGCAAGAAGUGUAUUGGCCUGAUUGCUGUUAAUGGCAGGAUGCGUGGCAACAUAAAGACUGGUUCCUCACCCACCUCGGCCUCCUCCUCACCCACCAACACUGCCAUCACCCAGCUACGGCAAAAGCUGGAAAACGGCAAGCCAGUGGGACUCUCUGACCACAACAACCAUCUAAGCAUCAAGACAGAACCCCUUGACUUCAAUGACUACAAACUGAUGAUGGCCUCACACGGGUUCGGAGCUCCUGGGCCUUUUAUGAAUGGGGGAGUUGGAGGGAACAGUCCGUUGGGGGUUCACCAGAACUCAACAGCCCAGAGCCCUUUGUCACACCUGAGUAUGCCUGGACUUGAGUCGCAGCUUCUUGGGUACCCAGGCCCUCUGAUUAAUAACCUGAGUGAGGUACAGAAAGUCCUCCAGAUUGUAGACAAUACAGUGUGCAGGCAGAAAAUGGACUGCAAACCAGAGGAACUGUCCAAGCUCACAGCCUACAUGAAGGAAUUAGGCUCACAAGUGGAGGAGCAAAAACAAGGCCUGACAUCAGCAGGCGGGCCUCAGGUCAGUCUUCCACUUGUCAAUCACAAUGGCGCCACCAAAAGCAUUAUAGACUACACACUUGAGAAGGUCAACGAAGCCAAAGCCUGUCUCCAGAGCUUAACCACAGACUCAAAGAGACAAAUCAGCAAUAUCAAACACGAAAAAUCCAACCACAUGCUAGAAGGUGGCAUGGACGAAAAGGCAUCAGAGAACAUGUUUACACCAUAUGCGUGUCAGUAUUGCAAAGAAACCUUUCCCGGUCCCAUCCCACUCCAUCAACAUGAGCGCUACCUGUGCAAAAUGAAUGAGGAGAUCAAAGCUGUGCUCCAACCGAGUGAGAACCUGAUCCCCAACAAACAUAUAUUCAUGGAAAAGAAUGCUCAUUUGACAUCUUCCAUCUUGACGGAGAAGGGCCUGGCAGGUUCCCUUCAUCCCUACAGGGACCACAUGUCUGUACUGAAGGCAUAUUUUGCCAUGAACAUGGAGCCCAACUCUGAGGAGUUGCUCAAGAUUUCUAUUGCCGUUGGCCUUCCUCAGGAAUUUGUCAAGCAAUGGUUUGACCAGCGGAAGAUGUUCUCGUAUGGUAGCACCAGAACGCCGCCGCUGGAGCACAAGAACAGCACUGAAAUGGUCGUUGGAACGAACAACCACCAAACUCCCCCCAAAGACCCUCUUGCAGCACGGUCACCAAUGUCUCUUAUUAAACCAGGGGACUGUAUCACAUCCCCAGCCAUCGCUGAACUCCACAACAACUGUGACAGCUCUCUCAGACAUUUGAAAAAUCACCAAUUCGGUGAGGCAAAAACCCCAGGUGAUAAGUUGGACCAUUCCCGCAGCAACACCCCGUCACCCCUAAACCUGUCAUCCACGUCCUCUAAACAUUCGCACAGUAGUUCAUACACGCCCAACAGCUUGUUGUCCGAGGACCUGCAGGCUGAGCCCCUCGACCUUUCGCUUCCACGACUCAUCAAAGAACCUAAACACGCCCUUACCAUAAAAAGUCGACCCAAAGUAAACAGUGUUACUGUCGAGCAUAGCAGUGUCCCCUCACCACGCGAGCACUUCGAAGAGCCUCUAAACCUAGCCUAUCUCAAGAAGGAAUUCUCCGCCUCUGUCAACAAUGGCAACCUGGAGAAAAGCACUAGCCCAAUAUUUGGCAUUAAUCCCUUUGCCGCCAAACCCAUGUACACAUCACUUCCUCCUCAAAGCGCUUUCCCACCGGCCACAUUCAUGCCCCCAAUGCAGGCCACCAUCCCAGGACUAAGGCCCUAUCCGGGCAUGGAACAGAUGGGUUUCCUACCACACAUGGCCUACACAUACGCAGCUGGUGCCGCUACCUUUGCUGAGAUGCAACAGCGGAGAAAGUACCAGAGGAAACACGGUUUCCAGGGUGAGCUGCUCGACGCUACAGCCGAUUACAUGUCAGGGCUGGACGACAUGACAGACCCCGACUCCUGUCUGUCGCGGAAGAAGAUUAAGAAGACUGAAAGUGGUAUGUACGCGUGUGACUUGUGCGACAAAACAUUCCAGAAGAGCAGUUCCCUUCUCAGACACAAAUAUGAACACACAGGCAAGCGGCCGCACCAGUGCCAGAUCUGCAAAAAGGCCUUCAAACACAAGCAUCAUCUCAUCGAGCACUCCCGUUUGCACUCGGGUGAGAAGCCCUACCAGUGCGACAAGUGCGGCAAAAGGUUCUCGCAUUCAGGCUCGUACUCGCAGCACAUGAACCAUCGCUAUUCGUACUGCAAGCGCGAGGCGGAAGAGCGUGAGGCGGCCGAGAGAGAGGCCCGCGAGAAGGGCCACCUGGAGCCCACGGAGCUGCUGAUGAGCCGAGCCUACUUGCAGGGAAUGACACCUCAGGGUUACCCAGAGCUGGCGGAGCGCGAGGCCAUCUUGCGGCACGAUGGCGUGAACGGAGGGAUCAUAGAGGGACGCAAGGAAGUGGAUGAAGAAUAUGUGAAGAUAGGACGCAGGGAGGACGAGUUUGAGUUUGAGGAGGAGGAGGAGAGCAAGAGCAUGGACACGGACCCGGACACGUUGAGGGACGAAGAGGAGAACGGAGAGCACUCGAUGGACGAUAGCUCACUGGAUGGCAAAAUGGAAACCAAAUCGGAUCGCGAGGACACAAUAGAGGACGCCAUGUAGUCAGCUUUGCGUGGGAAACGUUGGGGACGUUUCUUCCAGUUCAGUAUUCUUACCUGCUCGGUUUAAGAUGGGAUGUUUUAAACCGUACGUGCACGUGCCUAAGCUUCCGGGAAGCUUUGACCGCUAAAUCAAUGAGGCAGCGGCAUUGAAGGGAGGGGGAGGGGUUUGUGACUGAAGCUGCAUUAUGCAAACCCAACAGAGAAUAAAUACAUUUGGAAAAUGUACAGUCCUAAGGCCUAAACAUGAGUGUGGUGCUAACCUCCCCCUGCCCAUGUUCCAUAGUAUUUAUAGCACAAAAAAAGUGACUUGUACAAAUUGCACUCCGCUUCUAUAAUCAUGAAGAAAAAAAACAAAGUGUUGCCUAUGUAUAUAUUUAUACGGGGUUGGAACAAGAGCAGCGGGGUCUGCGUACCCCCCUUUAGCCCUUUGGUGUUUGUCGUCACCCACCUUUGGUUCAGCCACCUGCAACCACACUGUGUCAGGCCUCCAAUCAUUAAGACUGUGAAGGAUAUGGGUCAAAGAGGAGGAGGAGGAAGAUGAGCUUGUGGCACCUCCGUCUUAAGGGAAAAUGUGGGACUGGACGCUUUGGGAGGGGGGAUUAAAUGAAGGAUGAAGCCUUUGAGGUGUUUUAUGAAAAAGAAGCCUUAUAUGCAAACCUUUUAACCUGUGUGUUUUCUGCAAGUGCCACCCUCGUAUUGUGUCAAAGGAAGGUUACUUUUUUUUCACCAGCUUCAGUAUUAUGAGAUGGUUUACCAUUGUACUCUGCAGCACCCGUGUCAGUAUUAAGACUCUAGGCAGCAGUUACUUAGUUUACAUUAUGUUGUGCAAUGUUUUUUUUUUGUCAGUAUUACACCAAACCUUUUUUUCUUUUUGGAAAACAACAAAUUGCAUUCAUUUUAUUUGUAGGUUGGAAAAAAAAACUUAUUUAUGUGGCCCAUUUUAUAUUUCCUAAUUUUAUUUAUUUCAUACUGUUGUGUACAGUACUAUAGGUCUUCAAUAUAUAGAUAUAUUUUAGUAAAAAGGAACAUGGUGUUGAUCAUAGGGCAAAAUUUACGUAAAGAGAGCAUUUAUUGUGUUUUGAAACAUUGUGAAAUGCGAAGUUUAAUCUUAUUUUUAUUUUAUUUCCUCUAUUUUCCACAUAAUGGAAAAGUCCAAAUUUGGGAACUUUUAUACAAUUGUGAAAACACUGUAUUUUCGACUGAAAAAAAAAAUUCCACUUCAUCUUUGUUUCUUUUUUUAAGCUAAAAAAUGAAGAGGGACUGUUAAAUACUAUGUAUGAUAUCAUGACUGAAGAAGAAUCUUUCCUGAAAUGUCUUUGUAAAAGUAUUAUUGAAUUCUUGAUUUGUAAUUUCUCUUGAAAAUGACCCUGCUCGAAUAAAAGUAGCCAAAUUACAAAAUACCAAAUACUUGCUGCAUUGUCUUUGUUUGGAGGCAAUAAAUUAUGUGUUACUUUUUUGUGUAAAAUGUUCACUUUUUUUCAAUAUAUUCUGUUAUGAUCGAUCACAGAAAUGCAGUAUUUGUACAGAUGCAAUUUAUAUAGAAAUUAUAGUUAUUAUUAUGUGUCGUAAUUUAUCAUUUUUACAUUGUGUUUAAAAUGAGUAAUACAUUCCUCAUAUUAAAAUGUGGCUACUGAACCUAAAAGACAACAACCAAUAUCCUGGCCGUUUAAUGUUUCACAUAGAGAAAUACAGUAUAUUUUAUUCCAAAUGAACAUUUCGGGGCAAAAAAAAACCUGAGUUGUGAUUCCCCCCCAUCCCCCAACUUAAACACAUUUUAAUUGCUCAUCAACAGGAGAAAAUAAUAGCUGCAAAAUAUGUUUGCCUGCUCCCAUGUUUACACUUUGCGGUGACAGGUGGACUCCAUCACGCCCUUCAGUUGGCUUUAUGCAGAUGAAUGGCAACAUCAAAAGGCCCAGAUGAAAGCACCAAAGGUUGAGCGAUGCCAAACAUCAGAACCAGCUUUGCAUUUUCCCAUCGAUCGCGUCGCCACCGGAUCAUUCACAGACAGAUCUCAUGGAUGAAAGGGGGCAAUAGGGAGGAGGGAGUAUGAGCGCUAAAUGUUGAUUAGCUGUUGAAUUUGAUAUGUGACGUGGCUGAAUAAGGCCGAGCGGGAAAGGAGCAAGUGCGGCAACGCUGCAGGGGAUUGCCAGGGCACAUCAUGAAUAUGUCAUCCGCUGCUUUUGCAUCUAGAUUUGCACACAAGUUUUACA